AUGGGGGAAAUUAACCAUACCUAUAUCCCUCCUCCAUCUCGCAAGCGGAUUAUAAUCUGCUGCGAUGGAAGUGGCCAAUCUGCGGUUUCUGGCGAAGAGAGCGUCCCAUCCAACGUGACCCGAUUAUGUCGGGCAAUCCACAGUGUCUCAGUCGACAACGACGACAACGGAACUUGGCAACAAGUUGUCUGGUAUGACUCUGGAGUCGGCACAAACUCAGAUGGUCAAGUCUCAGUCGGCAGAGAUCUGGAAGGAAAUGUCAUCGAGGCUUACCACUUCUGCGCACUGAACUGGAACCCUGGCGACCAGAUUCUGUGCUUCGGCUUCUCCCGAGGAGCAUACACAGCGCGUGCCAUCGCAGGCUUGAUUUCAGACCUAGGAAUUUGCUCCAAAAUUGAUAUCCAGGACUUUCCCGAAGUGUGGAAACUCUAUAAGAAGAGCCACACAGCUGUGACUGGCGAGAGAUUCUAUGGCAGCGAUGCCUAUUUCGACUGGCAUGAUGGAAAGCCCGCUGACCCUCAACCAGAAGAGCGCCAGAAUGACCGCAUUGUGUGGGAGUCACUGGGUCGUGGUGAAUGGGCUCGUCCGGGAUCAAGACAGGUCGAAGUAGUAGGGGUUUUCGAGACAGUUGGUGCGCUUGGCUUCCCAGAGGUCUUUGGAUACGAGAUGCCUCAAUGGCUUACGCGAACUGACAAACCGGAAUGGCACAAUGUUGGACUCUCUCCAAAUAUCAAGAAUGCCUUUCAGGCGUUGGCCCUCGAUGAGCAUCGUGCCGCCUUUACUCCGACGUUAUUCUACGUGUCUUCUGUCACAAGAGCCUCGGACGAGGAAGUUCAAAAGCAACAAGAGCUGUGCCAGAAUGCAAAUAACGCCUGGAAAGAUAUUGUUUUGACCGAUCGCCCUUCUCUCGAGGAUGUGAAAGAUGUCAGAAAGACCAAGAAUGAGGCCGAGCGAAAACUAUUGGACAUGGCGGACAGCCAGAAAGAUCGCUCCAAACUGCUGCAAGUAUGGUUUCCAGGUGUCCACAUCAACGUUGGAGGUGGCUCGACCUUGACUAUGGAAAACAAGGGAAACAUGGAGGAGAUGUCGAAUAUCGCUUUUGCCUGGAUGCUUGACCAAAUCAAAGGAUUUGUCUCAUUCAAUGAGGAAACCCUACGGAAGGAUGAGCUAUUACGGCAAGUCAGACUCACCAAAAUCAACAACGCCCUCAACUGGUACAAUGAAAGAAUGGAAAAGCGCAAGAAAGAAUCGUGGAGCAAGUGGCUUCAACGAGGGAGCCAGUGGAUCGCAUCUUCUGUCUUGCACCCUCUCAUACCAGGAGAGAAGCCCGCAUAUAUGGGUCAUCGCAUCUAUACUUGGGGACUCGGGGAUCUACCAGAUAAUUUUGGAGUUGUCUAUAUUGCCAAUGGGUCUCGCCCGCGUACACCAGGCCGUUACGCACUGGAUAAACAGGGCCAGAAGCUGGGCGAGACUUUCGAGCACAUUCAUCCUGUGGUGGGAUACCGGGUUGAAAGAACCGACAAAGGCAUCAAGUAUCGUCCCAUUGGAUUGACAGGGGAUAAAUAUGAGCGUCGGAAGAACAAUGACGGGUACUACGAAUAUCGAUUCAAAUAUCCUGGAUCAUCCGAGUACCAGGUUCUGCCGGAGUGGAAAUUGUCGGAGGAUGAAGACGCCUAUGAGAGAUUAGUCGUUAAAGGAAGUGAUGCGCUUGUGUACGUAGCUGAGCUCAAUCCGGAUAACGGAGAAGAUAUCAAGUCUGCUCAUUCCCUUUCGAUAUAG